UCAACAACGUCAUUAAGUUAUGUCAACGUGUCGUGGUUUUAGGGAUUUUUGUAAAUGGUUUAGUAGCGAUAAAAUGUGCUAGUAAUAUAUAAAUUUGUUUAAUUAUUCAUCUAAGACUUAUGCCACUUAACAAAUUAUAUUCAUAAAAGUAUAAAUAUGGUCCUGUUGGGAAACGAUGAGUUUUUAGCAGAGCUCACAAAACUAUUCCAGAAAGCUCGUGGUGAAGGUUCAGUAACUAUGACAAUGAAAAGAUAUGAUGGGCGAACGAAACCACAGCCGCGAGAUGGGACGCCAGCUGUAAAAAAUCCUAGUUACAAAUGUUUGAUAAGAGCACAAUUUAGAAACAAUAAAAUCUCAACAGUUAUUGAACAAAGGGAUGUGGAGAAAUUCAGCACAGCAUAUUCAAAUCUUCUCAAAAUGAGUGUAAAUGGAUUAAAACGUUUGAAGAAGCCCAAGAAAAAGGCUAUGGCUACUCAGUAAAACGGAAAAUCGUCAAGGCAAUGUGUCAAGACUGUAAUAUGUGACCUAGUGUUCGAACAUAAUUGAUAUAUCAGUGUACCACCGUGAUAUCCUGGCGCGUAGGACGAAGUCCAUUGAACUGUGCUCUUCUCUCAAAGUGAGAUGUUGAAGAGUUGGGAGUCGACCUUACAGUUGCUAGUGAUUUAAAUACAGUUUAGUCAUUGACCAUCUGUCCAAUGCAACUAAUUUUAUAUACAUGCUUAAGUUAAAGUUUUCAAAUAAACGUGAAUUUACUAUAAAA